AUGGCGGAAAGGCGUCUCGAGCAAGCUGAAGAGCACUACUUCCAGAGGUAAAUCUAUAACCCGCAUUUGACAAUUCCUAUCACGCAAAAUUCUAGCUGUGAAUUAUUUCACUAAUAUCUGGUCUUCUGGAAAGCUACAAUCAUCACGGUUAGUUCACAAUUAUUCACUCGAGGGAGAGGCGGAAACGAUACCAGUUUUAACCCCCGAAACUGACGCGAACUGUUUUCACAACUAGGCAUCCACGAGGAGAUGUUGGUUCGUGAUAACCCCCCGCUUGCCCAGUCUUUUACCUCUGGAAAGAUUAGCUCAUGUCGUACCUUCCGCCAGAAAGACGAGGUGAGAACCAAUGCCUACAAGAACGCCAUUUAUCAGAAUGCGCACCUAUUCAAGGACAAGGUUGUUCUGGAUGUUGGAUGUGGAACAUCCAUUCUUAGCAUGUAAGACCCGAUAUUCUACUCCCUCUCUACUUUGGUAUAGAGGACAAUUUCCCUCUCGCAAGGAUGAGAAACCCUUUUUUUCUACAGUUAUCCCUGUCAUAAAUACACUGUUGAGAAUUAACCUCUGAGCUACGCCUUCGGAUUGUCCUUUGUUUAUUAGUCCUUCUGUUGGGGAAGUGGUGUUAAUAUGGGCUAUUUGGAUGCAGGUUCGCUGUCAAAGCUGGUGCCAAACAUGUCAUCGGCGUUGACAUGUCAACCAUCAUUGAAAAAGCAAGCGAAAUUGUUAAGAUCAACGGAAUGAGCGACCAGAUUACUCUUCUGCAAGGAAAGAUGGAGGAAGUCGUACUUCCCGUUGAAAAAGUCGAUAUCAUCAUAUCUGAGUGGAUGGGUUACUUCCUACUGUACGAAAGCAUGCUAGAUACAGUUCUUCUUGCUCGAGACAAAUAUCUUGCCCCCGGAGGGUUGAUGUUUCCGGACAAGGCUCAUAUCUACAUGGCUGCUAUUGAAGACGGAGACUAUAAAGAAGAGAAGAUUGGCUGUGAGCUUUGCCCAAUCAUUCCACUAUUAUGUGACUAAUUGCCGGUAUUAGAUUGGAGCAACGUCUACGGAUUUGACUUUACACCCCUUCAGAGAACCGCCCUGGCGGAACCUCUAGUCGACACCGUGGAGAUGAAAGCUGUGGUUACAGAUCCCUGCCAAGUCUUCUCUAUCGACUUAUAUACCGUCACGGCGCCCGAGCUCGCAUUUAACACGGCCUUCGAACUCCCUUUCAAUCGGAAUGACUUUGCGCACGCAUUCAUCGCCUGGUUUGAUAUUGAGUUUUCGGCGUGCCACAAGCCGAUUAAAUUUUCCACAGGACCCCAUGCGAAAUACACCCACUGGAAACAGACUGUCUUCUACCUCCACGAAGUCCUGAGAGUCAAUAGGGGUGAAGUCAUCACCGGCAGGAUCAGCUCGAAGCCUACGGAAAAGAAUAGGAGAGAUCUGGACAUCAAAAUUGACUAUCAAUUACAGACUGCAGAUUCUUCUCGCGCAAGUACUGGCAGUUGCAAUUAUAAAAUGUUUCUUCUGAAAUCUUGUCCUCCCAAGAAUUCAGACAGCUAA